UGUGGUAAGGGCAAAAAUGGUAGUGAAAGCGAGAGUUCUAGUAUAAAAAAUCGCACAAACGACACAAAUGAUAGUGAUUUCACUAGAAGAGAAAGUUCUAAUGAUCUCGAUGAAAAUCAAAAGUACAAGCAUUUGUGGAUAGAAUGUGAAAAUUGUUAUGGAUUAAAUUAUAAGAAAUUGUUUCAAUCCAAAAUGAAUAUUUGUGAGCACUGUGGAUAUCAUUUGAAAAUGAACAGUUUAGAUAGAAUUGAACUUUCGAUUGAUCAGGGUACUUGGAAUCCUAUGUAUGAAGACAUGGUCUCUCUGGAUCCCAUUGAAUUUCAUUCAGAAGAAGAACCUUAUAAAGAUCGUAUUGAUUCUUAUCAAAGAAAAACAGGAUUAGCUGAGGCUGUUCAAACAGGUACAGGUCAACUAAACGGUAUUCCUGUAGCAGUGGGGAUUAUGGAUUUUCAAUUUAUGGGAGGUUCCGUAAAAUACCAAUGA